CCGAAACCGUUUUGGGGCAGCCAAUCACUAAACUCAGCCACUGGUUUCCGUUCAGACACGUGUGUGAGGCCCAGUGCGCUGGCUUCCGGUUACUUCGUUCCACACCCACACCGAAAGUCCGAAACCACGCAUUUCGUCCAGGUCUGCCAGGUCUGCUGCACGCUUGCGCUGAAUGCUGCCCAAUAUCGUACCAUCCUGUUUUUUCCACGCCACGCCACGAAAGCUGCCAACAUGUGUCGACCAGAGAUAAUUAAGCGUCGGAGGGAAAAGACGGAGGGAAAAGACGCUCUGGGCGCCCGUCGCCCUUCAAGCCCGUCCUCAAGUUACUAUCGUCCCUUUAAGUCGUCGGAUAAUUGCACGAAUCGAAUUAUACCUGCGAUAGGAAUCCGCCAGGACAAUGCCAUCGAUCCAAUCACCCUUCAAGCGCCGACGAAUGCAAGAUGGCAUGACAAUUCUCCUCCUUGGGCCAACCGGAUCGGGAAAAUCGUCUUUUAUUCACAGAGCCACGGGAUCGCCAGACGUGAAGAUCGGUGACGGCACUCUUCCGUGCACAACUGAGUGCGGAGUGUUCGAGACCAUUCUCGAGUCGAAACAUCGUGGUGCUGUCUCCUUGUCUUUCCUAGACACGCCCGGCUUCGACGACAUUCCCAUCAGGGACCUCAAGAUCCUGGGCGACAUAGCACGCCACCUGCGCGAUCUCCCUCCGGUCUGUGGCGUCCUGCACUUCCACCGCAUUACCGACAGGCGUCUCAUGGGCACCAGCCGCUUCAACCUCGAAAUGCUGAAGACUAUAACGGGCGAGGGCUUCUCGGAUCGCGUCGCUUUCGUCACGACGAUGUGGGACACGAUUCCCGCCGACUUGCUGCCGCGGUACGAGGCCUUGGUCAGGGAGCUCAAGGAGUACCACAUGAACCUGCCCGGAAGCCGCACGUUCAAGUUUGACCACGAAGACGACGACGACGGUGCCGAGAACAGCCACAGCCAGAUCCUCGCGCACUUUGUUGAGUUGGACGACGCCGACGAAGACAGGCGGCAGCUCCAGCUUGUGAGCGAGCUGGACAGUCUGGGGGGCGAUAUCGAGUACACGACGGCAGCGCAGACUAUUGUGCAGAGGGCACAGCGGGGAUAUCCAUCAUCUUUGCGAUCGGUAGAACUCGGCGACACAAUGGAGAGCUUGGAAAGACGGGAUGUCUCGCGGUCUUCAACCCUCGUGAGCAUAAACGAAGAAGGCGCAGCGGAUGACCAACCGCGACAGCAGUCGUGGACGUCAAUACCGUCGAUGCACCACCCAAUGGCGAACCAGCUCCCUCCUUGGGAGCGGGUGGGACAUUCAAGACACGUCGCACUCGCUCAGGAACGCCGCGCCACGGCUUUGAGAGCAUCUGAGCAACGAAAUGCCGAGGUUUCUCAGCAAGACGGCAUGAGAACAUCGAGCGACUCGGCUCGAGAACAAGGCGCAGACGAUGUGGAGCGAUUUGACCAGGACACGAUCGUGCCAAGUCCUGAGCCGUUACGGCAACCGCUCCGAGCCAAGACACCCCCGACCGUGCUGAGCGAGCCCGAGAUGACGGCGUCUAUUCUGAGCGAGCAGAAACCAGGGAAAAACGCCGCGGUGCCGCGGCAGGAAGCAGCCACAUCCACAGUCAGACGGGUGUUGGUUUUGCUCUGCUUUUGUUUUCCCGGCAAGUCUGAUGCAUAGAACGGGCCCUGUUCUGCGCGUGUAUAUACUGCAAGUUUGGGCGAGGAUUUCUAAUGGGUGAAUAACACAAAUUAUACUUCAUACCUCGGCUACGCCGUCCACUAGUCUUGUUAAAGGUCGAGAACGGUGAGGAGAUUCCCGUCUUUUGGACACGCUCGAACAUCAUACGAAUUAAAAAUAAAAACA